AUGGAGAGGAGGGAUAACUUCCUUCAGCCCCCUGCCGCCGCCGCCGGGAAGAGCCUCCCGGUCCCCGCCGCAGGGGACGCGACCGGCAACCUGACCUCGUCGUCGAGCUCCACCUCCUCCCUCACGCUGUCCCCUCCGGACUUCCUGCGUCAGGUUCAUGCCGCGUUCAAGCGGCAUAGGCCUGUCGGUUCAAUGCAGUCCAAUCAACCGCGAGCAACUCGAGUCCUGGUAUCCCGAGCUGAGGUGCCAAGUAAAGCUGGUGCCAACCCUCCUGCGGCACAGAAUCCGGAAGGUAAGAUUAUGCAGCAGAGGAGAGGCUUGCUGGGGGCUUCCAGGUUACGAAAUGCAGCUCCUGAUCAGAUUAAAGCUGUUUCUGAUGGAUUGGUGGCCUCAAGUCAAGAUGAAUUGUUGUUGACUAUGCCUUCAACAUUGGGAACUAUCACAGAUACCCGUGAUCAGAAUGGUGGUCACCAGCAGAAAAGUGACGCCGAUCUAUUGGUGGAUAGGAAGAGGUCAUCAAUGGAAGUUUCUUCCUCCCAGAUGGCAUCCACAAAUGCAUUGGUAGGGGAAGAUUUAAAAAAGAACCUGUUCUAUCUGGCUAGCGAUUCACAGUUAACUUCUCAGAGUGAUAAUGUAGGAGUAACUGCUGGUAGUAGAAUGGACAGUAUGUUGUCUUAUCUGCAUUCUGUUUCAUUGACAGCAGGAGAUAAUUUUCCUGACGCUCAAGUAGCAGAUAAGCAAGGCAGGAGCCACAAGGAGAUUGGGAUUGCUAGUGCAGCAGUUGAGAUGGAUAUCAAGUAUGAUGCCGCUAACCUGUCUCGAAGGAUUGAUGAGGCUUGUGAUCAGAAUCAUGGAGAGCCGUUGACUCGCUGCUCUGCCAUGGGUUCAUCAGUUACAGCCGUAUCUUUAUAUUCAGGAUCUACUAUUCAAAGUAAACAUGCUGUUCAGAUAGAUCAAUAUGCUUCACCAGCUCAGAUGCCAGAAUGUGGCAUAGAAUCAUCUGGUGUACCAGGUCAUGGUUCUCAAAAAUUGCAUGGAGUUGCAAUGAAUCAAACUAAUUGCAAUACCAACAAUCAGCAGGUUGAUAGUCUGGCCAAUGGUGGAAUGGACAAACCUGUUUCUGGUGAUAAAGUUUGUUUGCCAUCCCAAGGGUUAUCUGGGAAUGAUCAAUCUUUGUCUACCAAGGAUGAUGGUGCUCCCAGACGAGGCAAGGUUGAAAAGGAGCGUCGCAAAAAGAAUUAUGAUCCUGAUGUAUUCUUUAAAGUGAAUGGAAAACUUUAUCAGAAGCUCGGUAAAAUAGGGUCUGGAGGAAGCAGUGAAGUCCACAAAGUUAUAUCAGCUGAGUGUACAAUAUAUGCCCUGAAAAAAAUAAAACUUAAAGGUCGUGAUUACCCUACUGCUUAUGGCUUUUGCCAAGAAAUUGAGUACCUAAACAAGUUGAAAGGAAAGAGCAAUAUCAUACAGUUGAUUGAUUAUGAGGUCACUGAUAAAAGUUUGCUUCAAGAUGGUUCUCUGUCACCCAGAGAUGGGAGAAUUAAGGAUGAUCAUUACAUUUAUAUGGUCCUUGAGUAUGGUGAAAUUGAUUUAGCUCAUAUGGUUGCUCAGGAGUGGAAGGAGAGGAGCACCUCAAAUAUGAAAAUAGAUGAAAAUUGGCUACGUUUUUAUUGGCAGCAAAUGCUUAAGGCUGUCAAUACAAUACAUGAGGAACGGAUAGUGCACUCCGAUUUGAAGCCUGCGAAUUUUUUACUUGUGAGGGGUGCACUGAAACUUAUUGACUUUGGCAUUGCUAAAGCAAUAAUGAAUGAUACAACAAACAUUCAACGUGAUUCUCAGAUUGGAACACUAAACUACAUGUCACCUGAAGCAUUCAUGUGCAAUGAGCAGGACUCGGGUGGUAAUAUUAUCAAGUGUGGCCGUCCAUCUGACAUUUGGUCUCUUGGUUGUAUUCUUUACCAGAUGGUGUAUGGUAAGACACCCUUUGCUGAUUAUAAGAAUUUCUGGGCCAAAUUUAAAGUUGUCACUGAUAGGAACCACAAGAUUAAGUAUGAACCAGUAGAUAACCCAUGGCUUAUUGAUUUAAUGCAACGAUGCCUUGCAUGGGACCGAAAUGAUCGAUGGAGAAUACCUCAAUUGCUUGAGCACCCAUUUCUUGUUCCUUUGGUGCCAAGGGAUUUCCCUUCCAUUGACCAAGAUCCAUGUAGGUCUCUGAUGGAGAGGGUUAGAGUUCACUGGGCCAAUCCCAAGCUUCAUAAAUUUAUUGAAGAGCUAGAGAAGGAUGAAAGCUAUCCAACCACCCAAAUGUAAGAUAGCUUUACAUUGAUAGAAUGAUAGAAUGUGGAUGUGCGAUGCAUAUCUCCAGUUCUGCUAUCAGCGUCUUACUGAUACACAGGAAGGGAAAAGGCUGACUAUAGCUAACGUUACAUCUUAUCAUGAUUGUGGAAAUUGUCUACUAGAGGAUUCAUAUAUAUUUGGUUAUUAGGAAGCUUGCUACUUUGUGGCUCGUAUUCGGUUUCCAUGACAUGACGCCGAGACCAUCAGGAGCUGUGGCAUAUUUGUAUCACGCGAGAUUUUCUUCAGAUGAUGUAUUGCUGUUAAUGCUGGAACUAGGAGGCAGGCAGAACCUUAGUAGCACAAGUGCUUUAGUCUGUAUCGCAUGUUCGUUUGAAUUUAUUGUUGUGAUCUGUAAAUAGUACCUGCAUGAGUAGGAAUCGGAGGGAGCAUUUUUUUUGUGGUGCCAUUGGCAUUGUACGCUCCCUGCCAUCAGGAAGUUGAUGCAAUUGUUCGUCAGACUUGGUGUAUGUUCAGCAGGGCAAGCUUUGCCAAUCAUAUAUGACUCCGU